GAUGAGUAUUCACAAGUCUCGAGUUAGCUACAAUGAGGGGCAUCUGUACGAUGGCCAAUGGAGCAAGGAGGGGAAGCGUGAAGGCAGAGGCCUCCUCUGUCUAUCAGACGGUACUAAGUAUUGUGGAGAGUUUGUUAACGGGUUCUAUGCUGGUCACGGUGUGUUGAGUUUCCCUGAUGGUUCGUUGUAUGAGGGGAGCUUUGAACUGGGCAAAUUCAGUGGACAUGGACUGUACAAGAAUAAAGAUGGCGUUCUCUUUGAGGGUCAGUUUAAAGCAGGUGAAUGUAAUGGAUAUGCUCGGAUCACCCUCCCUGAUGGUAGUCAUGGCAACCCAGCUUGUGAGGGUGUGUAUCGUGGGAGUGUGUGUGAGCGGAGGUGUGAUGCUAGUGUGGGUGUGACCAAAGCACAGCAAGCAGCUCUCACUGCCAGAACUAUAGCAUCAUCUCUACCCAAGCAAUAACUAUUCUCAUUGUACAUUAUAAGCAAGAAUCAGCCUCAUUUUAAUAAUUAAUGUAUUUCUCUA